AUGUAUACAUUUUCUGUCUUCAACGAUUUAAUGGGAACCUUGAUUAUUUUUUUUAUUAUUGAUUCUCUAAGACCUAAGAAGCAUCAAACUAUACACCGAAAUCGUAUUGAUGAUUAUAUCAAGUAUCUCGAUGAGCAUGAUGGUUCAAUAUAUGUACCUGUGUGUUCAAAUAUCUUUAAAAUGGAAAAUAUUCCACCCGAUUUAUUAUUUUCAAUGAUUCAUUCAUUACCAACAUGUCCAGCCGACGAACUUGCUUUAAUACUCAAUCAUACUAGAAAUUUUAUAUUUGAUUAA